CUGAGUGAAGGCUCUGUGGCUGCCCCGUUCACUACUACUGAGCCGUUCACACAAACGUCGCAGUCGUUGUUUCCGUUUGUAGCCAUCAUGUUGCCUGACUUGUUUUUUAUAUAUAUAUAUAAUUUGAAGUUAACAAAAACAGUUUCGACGCCCGUAAGACACGAACAAGCUGCUACACGUCCCAGUGAAGAAGUAAAGUCCCGCCAAACAUUAGAUCGGAAAUGACGUAUUAAUGUCGUAAAGCGGAAAUACGUCACAGGUACACGAAGCGGUGGUAGAUCGACAUGAAAUGUCAUAUUGAAAAACUACAAUUCCCAGGUCGUGAGCGGUAAAGCCGUAAAGAAAACAUGGCAGCCUCCACGGGUGCUGCAAUUGAGCUUGUGAAAAACAUUAACAGGCGAAUAUUAACGUUAUUUCCAAAGACUUUGUUUGUUUUUAGACAUAUAAGUACGAGGAGUUCACAAUGUCAGAGUCAAGCACAGAUGAGAACAAAAAGUGCUCCCCAGCAGCUGGUUGGUGUUGUGGGGUUGGAAAUCCACGCCCAGAUUAACUCCAACUCUAAGCUGUUUUCAGGCUCAGCAGUUUCUUUCGCAGCCCCUCCAAACUCCCAGGUGUCUUUCUUUGAUGCCUCCUUACCGGGCACAUUACCUGUUUUGAAUAGACGAUGUGUUGAGGCAGCAGUGAUGACAGGACUGGCUCUUAACUGCACUAUAAACAGGAAGUCGUUUUUUGACAGGAAGCAUUACUUCUACGCCGACCUCCCUGCUGGAUAUCAGAUCACUCAGCAGCGGCAGCCCAUCGCCGUGGAUGGCAUUUUAAACUACAGUUUCCUGGGAGGGAAGAAAAGGAGCCAAGUCGUCAGGAAAACAGUCAGUAUCAAACAGAUCCAGCUGGAGCAGGACAGCGGCAAAAGUCUCCACGAUGAAGUCCACAGUCAGACGCUGAUAGACCUGAACAGAGCAGGUGUAGGUCUGAUGGAGUUGGUGAUGGAGCCAGACAUGAGCUGUGGAGAAGAGGCUGCUGCAGCUGUCAGAGAGCUCCAGCUCAUCCUGCAGGCCCUGGGAACCUGUCAAGGCAACAUGUCUGAGGGACAGUUGAGAGUCGACGCAAAUGUGUCAGUUCACAGACCAGGUGAGCCGCUGGGCAUCAGGACGGAGGUGAAAAACAUCAACAGCAUGCGAUACCUGGCCAGGGCAAUAGACUUUGAGAUCCAGAGACAGAUCGGCGUCCUGCAGAGAGGAGGACUGGUGCUGAACGAGACCCGGACGUACGACUCCAAGUCGGGGGAGACCAUUCCAAUGAGGGACAAAGAGGGUCUUCAGGACUACAGGUUCAUGCCAGAGCCCAACCUGCCCCCUCUGGUGGUGUAUGAAGACACGUCGUCUCUGCCUGAUGGCGUUGACUCCAGCCAGGCUGUGGUGAUGCAGAGUUUAAAGGAGAAGCUUCCAGAGCUUCCUGGAGUGAAAAGAGACCGACUGGUGCAGAUGUACGACAUCCUGCCUGAACACAGCUUCACUCUGAUGAGCGAGGACGGGCUGGUGGAAUACUUUGAGACGGUCUCGAAGGCGACCAAAAUGGAACCAAGAAGGGUGAUUGGCUGGGUGACACAGGAGCUGUUGGGUCAACUCAAUCAGAAAGACAUGAGUGUGAGCCAGAGCCCAGUGUCUCCUCCUGCCUUGGCCGAGCUGUUAGAGCUCCUGCAAACAGGACACAUCUCCUCCUCGGCUGCCAAGCAGGUGUUUCAGAAGAUGUGGACGUCAGGAGACAAGUCCGCCGCACAGAUCGUCAAAGAUCUGGACCUGGGGAUGGUUAAGGACACUGCCAGGCUGCACAGCAUCUGCCAGAAGGUGGUGGACGCUCAUCCAAAUGAGGUUCAGGCCAUCAGAAACGGAAACAAGAAAGUACUGAACAAACUGAUGGGUCAGGUUCAGAGGGAGACCAAAGGUAAAGCUGAUCCAGUUCUGGUCAGAGCCAUCCUGGAGGAGAAGACGUCGUGAAGGUGGAAACAUCUGGACGUGAAUCCACAGGAACUGAGAUGAUGUACUGAUGAGCAUGAAACUGCUGAAAACCAUGACUCCAAGUUCAUUAAAAAAGCUGCCGUCACGGCUGUGAUGAGGAGAAAAACCCUGUCCAGGAUCACAUAUCAAACAGGGCAGCAAUGAAUGAGCUCCCUCUUGUGGUAAUCCCUGAGAAUAGUGACAGGGUUGCAGUUUGACGUCACAGUCCUGAUUUAAAGCUCGUUAUUUUCAUUACUCUAUUAAUUCCCAAAGGGAAAUGACUUUCUGCGUUUAUCCCCUCCGUGAAACACUCCAGUGAUUAACAGCGCGCACACACACACACACACACACACAGAGAGAGAAGCAGCAGCAGCAGCAGAGAGCUGCACAGUUUAAUUGCCCCACCACAGACCAGGGCAGUCCUGGUGCCUGACAACGUGCAUCCUUCAGAUUAGCAGUCUGAACUUUUUAACUUUUAACCACCAGGUGACAGGUAUUAGUUUAUUUGUAACGUGAUUUUUUUUUUUUUUUGACUAAAUAAAUAAAUCUAUCCAUAGUCUGACUUUUUUCCUACAGAAUGUGCAGGAUGUUGUCAGUGUGUGGACACGGUUCUGCCUCCACAGAAUGACCUGAGCUGCCUGUGGUUUAUCAUCAUCACUAAUACAAGUUCUCCCAGACUUUAAACCCAGGCUCCGGCAAAGAACUCGAACCCAUGACUCUGCAGGAGCUCACAAACACAGACGCCCCGUGCAGGACUGGGCAGAGGAACAGAGUGAAUGAUCAGAAACAGACCGGAGCCACAGUUAAUCUGUCAAGAGAAUAGGCAACGACACAAAGUUGGCGUUCAAACAAUGAACGAAACACAAAAGACGAAGGAGUGAACGCAUGUGAACAAACACAACACUUCACAACACGGAAGGACAAAUCCCUGGGGUGGGGGACUAACGAGACACAGGUGAAGGGGAUUAGAGCAGGUGCAGGUGAUGAUCACAGAAAGAUCACAAAUAAAGGAGGCAGGAAGUGAGGAACAUGGAAGACGAUGACAGAGAUGACAGAGGUGAAGAAAAAGAAUUGAAUAAAAAGGGUCAAUGUCAGUGAACAGGAGUGGGAUGUGACACCAAUCUGCUGUAAAAUAAGUCAGUUAUAGUUAAAGUCUGCUGUCUGUGAUAUGACCUUGAAUACGAGUGAAGUGAAUUUUUUGGUUUCCACUCACAAACAGUAUUAUCUCAUUAUUGUUAUGACAUUUGACACCUGUGGGAUGAUUUGUUUACGUAUAUUAGCAUUAAAAUUACAGUCAGGAGAAGAAGUGAAACAAAGAGCAGUAGAAACGGGAAAAGAGCUUAAAAGUUUCUCCACUUUUCUUCUCCUCACAUCGAAAUAUCAAGUGCUAGUACAAAGCCUAGGGUGAAGGCUGGGUGGCGCUGUUUGACAGGAAGGUUAGCUCACUGUCUAAAACUUUAGUCAACAAACUGAACUCUGGUUAUGAGCACAGUUGUGAUGGAUCACGAUCUGUCCUGUGGUCAGAUUGUGACACGGUUCAAUGUCAUUUUAAGAGAAAAACCAAACAGAUUUUGUCUAUUAAAGAUACUCAAAGACCAACCAGAUGGUACAACAGAGCAUCAUGAACGUGACUGUACCAAAAUUGUGCCUUAUAGACAAAGAGUUCACAUGUUCCACUGCAAAUACAGGCAAAAAAAGUGCUGUUAGAAUGACUGAUGGGUUCAAAGUUCCAGGGGAUUAUCAGGGAAGAAGUGAUUUCAGGUGUGACACAGGUACUGUAGUUGAUGAAGGUACAGGUACUGUAGUUUCCUCACUGGUAGUUUACUCACACAGUGGAGUUUCUGCUCUGCUGUAUGAACAAAGCGACGUCCAUCCGUCCAGAGUCGUUCCUCUCGGCUCAUCGUCCUCCUCUCCUACACCAAUGCUGUAUUUUUCUGCUUCAAUACGGAUUUUUUUCGUUUGUUAUUUUUGAUGUUUAAAGAAACAACGAUGAACAGAGAAAGUGUUCGCCUCACCUCGGUCAGUGUGGAGAGAUCAACAUCUGGAACAAUCUGGAAGUCUGAAGGAGAAGUGGAGAAAAUGUAGAUAUUGUUAAUAAACAAAGCACAAAUCACCGUUGUUUUAAAAUCUCUCACAGAAAGAAAGAAAGAAAGAAACAUCAAGGUGUGAGUUUAUCAGAUAUUGUCUUUAUUGAAAGGAAAAAUACCUCUGUGACAACGACAUCAGCGAAAAACAAAUAUUUAGAACCUGGUCUGUCCGUGACAGAAGACUGUGAAUCUUUGGAAACUGCUUGUAUCCCGUUAGAAUCCUGCUCUCAGGCCACUUGCUGCCAACACAGAGAUGGUUUUAGCAGUGACUGUUGAUUGUUGUCUGAUACACAGACUGGUCCUGUGGUGAAUGAAGGCCUGUGUCAGCAGCAGCGCAGAGAGACACUGGAGGAACACCGGCCUGAUAAAGUGCUCUGCAACAUUCUGGUCAGAAAA